AUGAUUUGGAAUCACUCCAAGUCAGGUCUCUUCUCUGUUAAAUUAGCAUACUAUUUUGCUACGAAAGCGACGCAGAUGCGAGGUGUGGAACGCAACACAAAUUCAGCAGGGGUUCUAAGUCCCAGAGUGUGGAAAUAUGUGUGGAAAUUCAGCCUUCCUCCACAUAUAAAUUUUUUUGCUUGGAAAGCAAUCAACAAUGGAUUAGCUGUUAAUAGCAGAAUUCAUAGUAGGUUACAUCAGUUUUCCAGCCUUUGCCCGAGAUGUAACCAGGAAGAAUCUGUUGACCAUCUCCUCCUCCGUUGUCCCAGUGGUCUAAAUGUGGAGUUUGGAAAUUCAGCUAUUUGGAUUAUGUGGAGCCUCUGGCUAGCAAGAAACUCUCUAAUUUUUAGAGACGAAGACAGUGACCCGAUCACCGUCAUUAAUAGUGCAGCUUCACUACAUCAGGAAUUCUCCCAAGAUGCCAAAAUUAGCAGUAAGGAUUCGGCAGGAACCAGUGCAAGAGAUCAUGGAGGUAAAGUCAUCUGUUCUACGGCUCGUAAAUUUCACUUUGUUAAUUCUCCUUCUUUAGUCGAUGCUUUGGCAAUGAGGGAAGCUAUCUACUUAGCUCAGUUUCUUAAACUGCCUACUGUCCUAUUUGAAGAGGAUGCCAAAGCAAUUAUAGAUGCGAUGACUAAUGGUUCGAUGGUUGAUUUGGAUUGUGAAGUAGUGGUUCAAGAUUGUAGGAUUUUAGUUAAGAAUAACUCAUCCUACCCUUUUAGUUUUAUCAAUAGAAAGUGUAAUUGGGUGGCACAUGUUGUAGCCAAAAAAGCCCUUAAAGAAUUUGAUUUUUGUAACAAUGCUCUUGCUCAAAUCUUGUGGCUAGAGUCUAGACUCGGUGAGUCGGAAUUUCAAUAUCAAUGA